AUGGCGUCUGGGAAUCCAAAUAAGCCCUCCGUGCCCAUCACCAUCAAUCACAGGCGGCCCUCGGCCCAGGCAGCGACAGCGUCGACAAGCCAGCACACGCCCCAGAACCGUUUCGAGCUCGGACCCCCCAGCCUGCAAGACAGAGCCGGCUUCGAAGCCAUUCCUGAGUCCCCUUCGCCGUCCGCCGUGCGUUGCCAGGCGUGCCAGCAGCUCGGCUUUCGCUGCGUCACCCGUGACGACAACGAUGGAUGUACACCCUGCUUCGAAGCAGGCGCUGAGUGCUCCCUGCUCGCCCUGAGCCCGCAGUCGCGUAAGAGGAAGCUGCACGGAGAGCCGUUUGGCGAAAACACCGUCAAGAGAGGUUUUUCCACGUCAGAUCUGCACUCGCGGCGACAUGCCAACAGUAGAUUCUCCAGCAAUGCCACCAGCGCCACCCUUCUCCAAGACUUUGCCAACGUCGGCGGUCCUACCAGCCUCGGCCGCACGCUCGGCCUGCAGCUCGACCGCCACAGCCAGUACAUUGGCCAGACGACCGAUUUCGAGCCCUCGCUGCUCAACCUGUCCGCCUACGACCCCGCGAACGAGAGCACGUCGUCGCGCGGCACGCUGCGCAAGGUCAGCGAGGGCCACAGCUUCCUCCUCGUACCCGAUAAUACGACACGCGGCCACGAGCAGCAGCAGCAGGACGUCAUGGCCGUCGAGGCCCUCGUCGCCCCGCACGGCCGCACCCUGAUUGACCUCUUCUUCCAGCGCGUGCACCCGGCGUUUCCCAUUGCACAGAAGCACGUCUUCCUCGAAAAGUACGAGCGCGACUACCGCGAGUUCUCGCCGCCGCUACUCGCCGCCGUGUACCUCUUGGCCAUUAACUGGUGGAGCCACAGUCCAGUGCUGGCCGACCGGCCGCGGCCCGACACGGACGCGCUGGAGCGUCUUGUCCGCAGCAGCCUCGCCGCCGCCAUGGGCCGCCCCAAGCUGUCGACGGUCGAGGCCGCGCUGCUGCUCGCGCAGAUCCCCGGCCGUAGCGCGCCAUGGCCGUCAACGGCGCAGCUCGUGGCCGUCGCGCAAGAGCUCGGCCUGCACCUCGACUGCGCCGGCUGGGACAUUCCGCCGUGGGAGAAAGGCAUGCGAAAGCGCCUCUCCUGGGGCGUUUACAUGCAGGACAAAUGGGGCGCCCUCGUCCACGGCCGGCCCUCGCACAUUACCCUCGCCAACUGGGCCGUUCGCGGCCUCACGGUUAACGACUUUCCCGACGUCGACUGGGACGAGGGUAACGCGGCGCAAAAGGAAGACGCUGAGACGGGGCAGGUUAUCUUUAUGCGCUUCGUCCAGCUCACCGGUCUCGUGACCGAGAUCCUCGACACAUUUUACACGCUCGCCGCCCUGCGUAAGGUCGAGCACGCCGGCGCCCAGGGCGCACACAUGGUGCUCGCCCAGGCCAAGCCCAUCCAGCUCCAGCUCAAGGAAUGGUACGCCGACCUGCCGGCUUGCGUGCGCCUCGAGUCGCUCUCCGCGGGCCGCGGCGGCGGGCGCGGCCCGCAACGGCCCUCGAGCGUGGGCUACCUGCACCUGGCGUACUUUGCGGCCGAGAUCUCGCUGCACCGGCGCAUCGUCGGCGCGCUCGGCGCGUCCCCGACAACGGUCGACCCUUACCUGGAGCAUAUAUGCCGCAGCGCGGCCAAGGCGCGGCUCAUCUCCAGCAUGGACUUUGUCAACCGCCUGGCGCCGCACCACCUGCACUCGUUCUGGUACUUUACCGCCAAGACGAGCUUCGCCCUCGUCGGCACCUUUGGCGCGCUGCUGUGGGCCACGAGCCCCGGCCGCGAGGAGGCCGACUGGUACCGCCGCCGCCUCGCCGAGUACCGCUGGACGCUGUCCGUCUGCGCCAAGCCGGGCCAGCAGGGCCAGUACCUGACGGCCUUUGCGGUCGACAUGCUCGACACCUCGACGGGCCUGCUUCUGCGCCAGCUGCCGGAGAAGCCGGAGCUGAGUCGCUGCGCGAGCGCCGGGGCCGCGCUCGACUUUGCGGGCCGCUCCUUGCCGAACUCGUAUUCUGGGUUUGGCGGCGGCGGCGGCAUAUUUUCACUGCAGGGUAGUAGUUUUAGUAAUAUCGGCAGCACGCUGGACCGGAGCAGCCCGCGCAGCCUGGACAGCGAGGAUGAGAGCGGGAGCGAGGAGGAGGAGGAUUAUGAUGAGUACAAUAUAUAA